CCUCAUAAUAAAUUCUUUCUCUCCCUUCUGAAAACUUUUUCUUAAAAAAGCCUCAAACACACACAAAAACACUAUUUCUCGUGAACCAUAACAGCUAGACAUGGCUUCAUCACAGUGGACAAUACCAAAACUUGUGACUUGGAGAGUCAAAGAUUGGGCUUCCUGUUUCUUGGCUUGCAAGAUUCCUCUAGAUGCAGAUGAAGAUGGAGUUAAUAGUAACGGAAACACUACGAGCAACAACAGUAAUCUAACGUUCAAGAGGAUAAAGAGGAAGAUGAAGAGUACUAAGAAGAAGAGAUCAGAGAGGAAACUCAGUCUAAGCCCACCGGGGACACGUCAUCAUCAUCUUCAUCUAAGAAGCAGCAGUGUUUCUCCUACGACGUCGGCGUCUCAGCACCGGCGGUUGAGCUGGCCGCAGCAACCAGUUUCUGACGAAUCCGGAUUCAUUGUGUUCUGCUUCGACCGUGAAGAUGGAGGUUUCGAUGUGGUUAAAGAGGGUAAACAAGAGAAGAAAGAGAACGAAUCAACGCCGGGAAAGUCACCGAGGACGGUGAAUCGUAAGCUAAUUUAUAAAGAUCAAGGAGUAGGAGGAACAGAGAAGAAUAAUAACUCUCCGGAGAUUAAAGGAACAGAACAAGAGCAGAGCGAUAACGCUUCAAGUCAAGAGACUGAAGAUGUCUCUUGUGAUGUUACAGAUAAAACUAAAGAAGAAGAAGAAGAAGAAGAAGAAGAGGAGAUUGAUGCAUCUGAUAAAUCGAGCGGGUCUAAUAACUCAGACGAAGGAAGGGGUUCUUUUGCGUUUCCCAUAUUAGGAGUAGAGUGGAUGGGAAGCCCUGUUAAGAUGCCUGAAUCAGAUGACUUGUCUCCCAAGAAACAAAAGCCAGUUGCUUUAGGUUUCCAAUGCUGUAGAUUCUGAAAUAGUAUAAGACAUAUUCCAAAAAAGUUUCUGCUAUUCUUUUUGUUUCUACUCUGUUUCUGAGUACAGAAUUACUCUAAUUUACAAUCUUUGAUAAGACAAGAAGCUGAAAGAUGAAAUGAAAUUAUCAUGAU